AUGACUGACAGUGCAAUAGCCAACACUGACAUAAGUCACACGCUUACAGAUACGGACACUGCUUUGGCUAAAAGUAUCUUGCCCACCGGCUUCCCUGCAAACUUCUUGUCUUGCAGGGAGGAGGCGUGUGACCCCAACACCUUCGGGAACUUCACGCUGUGCCCAAGCUGCAUGAAGCAUUGUCCCUAUGACAUGCUGAAGAACAAAUGCACCAUCACGAGGAUUGUGUCAAUAUUUGACAACUCGGGCACAGUCGGAUUCUCGGUAUUUAUGUCGCUAUGGGCUACCAUAUUCAUCGAGUUCUGGAAGCGCCAACAAGUCGUCCUCGCUUGGGAGUGGAAUCUGAGCAACGUCGACACCCUCACGGAGGUUGUGAAUCCGGAAUACGAGGCCAAGGCGCGGGUUUAUAAGCUUAACCCCGUCACCCUCAGGUACGAGCCCCACGUGCCUUUCUGGGAGAGGAUCGGUCGGGUCGCCGCUGCCAAUAUUAUUCUCCUGUUCAUGCUCGUGCUGGUGCUGUGCACGGUGACGGCCGUGAUCGGCUACCGCAUCAUCAUGGUGACCUUACUGUCGAGCAAGUUCUCUCGGCUCGUGGCUCACGUCGGCACCACCGCCAGUGCGUCCAUGAUUAACCUGGCGGUCAUUCUGGGCAUGAACAAGGUUUACGGCUGGGUCGCCACACGCCUGACAGAUUUGGGUGAGUCUGCAGUGCUGGUUGUCGCUAUUCUGAGUGACCCCGCCAGUAACGGCCUCGGACACAGCGCGAUUACGAGUACAGCUUCGCAUUCAAGAUGUUCCUCUUCACGUUCCUCAACAACUACUCGUCCCUCAUAUACAUCGCCUUCUUCAAAGGAAGGUUCUCAGGCGAUCCGGGACGCGAGGCGCAUUGGGGAGGCUACACUCUCGAUAAGCAUCGUCAAGGCGUGGUGGCGGCAGCGUCGUAGGCGACUCGGCAAGGAAGCCGCCGAGCAGAAAUCCAAGCUCGCGCGUUGGGAGGAAGACUACAACCUCGAGGAGUGCCCCAAGCUCGCACCUUUCGACGAGUACCUGCAAAUGUCGAUCCAGUUCGGCUUCGUUACACUGUUCGUGGCCGCGUUUCCCCUGGCGCCCCUGUUCGCACUCAUCAACAAUGUCUGCGAGAUCAGGCUCGACGCGUACCGGUACAGCAAGCGGUUACGUCGGCCAGUCGCCGAGAGGGCGCCAAACAUCGGUGCGUGGCAAGCCAUUCUGAGGCUCCUCGCCCGCUGUGCCGUCAUUUGCAAUGCGUUCCUGAUCGCCUUCACGAGCGAGUUCAUCCCGCGACUGGUGUACCAGGUGCGCCACAGCAAGGGCCUCAGCCUCAGCGGCUACGUCAACUUCACGCUGGCCACGUUCGACACCAGCGACUUCGACGACGUCCACCGGCCAAACAAAAGCACGCUCAACGGGGAACUCGUGCGGGAGUGCAGGUACGUGGGGUUUCGCGAACCAUCGGGCACUGAGAACGAGUACCAGUUGUCCGGCACCUUCUGGGUCAUCACCACCGCCCAGCUAUGCUUCGUCAUCAUCUUCGAGCAUGUGGUGUUCUUCAUCACUGGUGUCGUAGCUGGCAUGAUUCCGGCCAUGCCCAAGUCGGUGGCCCAGCGAAUGAAGCGAGAGCAGAUUGUCGUUCAGGACCUCAUCGCCAAGCUGCAAGACAUCGACACGGCCGCCGCCGCUGCAAUAGCCAAUCGGGCACGCCUUAUGUCGAUGUGACAGUGCUAACGACUUCUUAUGUGUCGUGUGGUAUCCCCUUUGCUCAACUUUUCCAAACUCGUCAUCGUAUGCCGUAGUCGUUAGCCAUUGAUUCGAGACCCUCGCAUGACUUUUUGAUCGUGUAAGAACCGUGAUUUCCCUGUUUCCUUUCUUAUAAUGUUAUCAUCCAUACUAAGGUGAUCUCGCUGCGCCUCGAAGGUGUUAUGCCUUUUGCUAGUCAAAAUGUAUUUUCUGACAAAUGUGCUGGCAAGAUCGCAAGUAAUUGUUAGUCCAAGAAGUUGGCAUGUUCGCCUACAUUUCUAGCUGCUCCGUAGCACCAUUUUGUUGACGCCCAAUGCAGCAAUAAGAGUUUUUUUUUGUUAUUACUAAGACUGGACAACUGAACAGAGUGAUUUAAGCGUUGAUUAGUGGUGCGUGCCACAACAUUUGUAAACAUGCCACGCUUUUUGUUUGAGUUUAAUCACUGACAACAGCACUCGAGGCCACCCGCAAUAACUCGUUUCUACGGGUCUCAACUGCAGUGGGCAGCAUGGUAUCGACAGUGGACGACGUUGUGUGUCACGUGGUUCCAUGUGCACCAACCACCGUGUCAACAACGAACCAGCGAGUUAAGUGCUCGCGGUGUAACAUUUAUUUUCUGACUUUCGCGCUCUCGCUGGUCGCGGCAGUGUUGAGGACUGACUGCGCAGAGCUCACGGCUCCCCUUGACGCUCCCGCACGCUGGUACUACAGUGUGUGACGGUGACAGUAGUACGUGCGACGCCGUAGUGCUCGUACGCGUGCUUAUACGAUGUUUUAUUGUUCAACGUUUUACUUGCUUUGGUUCAACCACGCCGACGUGAUGUUUUGCAAAAUAUUGCAUUUGUAUCUGUUUGCAUUUCCUGUUUGCGUGGCUGAUAUUUGA